UGCGCUGGCAAUUGCAGGUUGUAACUUCCAGUUCUUGUCGUCAACCCUGCGUGACGUCGACAGCUGCCAGCCCCUCGCCAAUGAUGGAUGAUGUGCAAUGUUCAUUCAAAACUCGAUUCCUCCCUCGCCCAUGAGUGAAUUCUUGAAACUACUGUUCACGACCGUUUCAAUAAGAAAUUCAACUUCAGUCUCCAUCACAACUUAGAAGUUUACCAUCAAAUCCAGAACACUUUUCAACCGCUCUCCUACUGUAGACACUUCCUCCUUCUACAGCCACCAUGUCUUUCCUAUCAAGAACAACACCCAUUGUCCGCACUCUUGCCAGAUCCUCCAUCACCCAACAAUCACCUAGAUGCUUCUCAGUGGCAGCAGUACACCAAAAGACAGCCACCGAGGCUGUCAAAGAUGGUCUCAAGAAAGUCGAUCGAGCUGUGUCAGACGUCGCUGUUGCAGGCAUUGACAAAGGAGUCGAAGCAAAAGACAAAGUCGCUGGUGUUGUCGGUGCCGAGAGUGGAAAGGCAGAAGGCACAGCACAGCAAUUAGCUGGUGAGGCCAAGGGCAAAGCCGCCGAACUCAAGGGACAAGCCAAAGGAAAGGCCGAGGAAAUCAAAGGCAAGAUGUGAUGAUCAACACUCGGCUGGCAUUUUCAAGAAAAGGGAUUACAAAAAGCAGGCGUUGCCAACAAGUGUAUCCGUGGAAUCAAACCUGCGCCUUGGGUGAAUGGGUAUAAUAUAAGUACCUAAGUACGUGGCCUACUACCCAUAUGUACAUUAGUAUAUAGCAUGAAGCUCUUAAGAGUUGAGAAGAACAUCAUUUCCACUGACCAAGA